GUUGCCACCCUUCCAACCUAAUAAUGCAAAUAGGGGAGUGCUCUCUUGUUAUUUUUCAAAUUUCUUGAGGGAUAAACACUUCUCUUAAUAGUCUCCCGAGUUAAUUAACUGAGCUGUUUUUUGUCUGGUGAUCAAGUACCCUCAGGGAGAUUUCUUAGAAAAUCACCGAACCGUUAUCGACCCCGACUGCGAGUUUGUCGAGUUCUGAGGGGAUGUCAUGAUCAUGGCGCAGCCUGUCAUGUUGCGAACAAUAGGAAUAGACAAUAAAAAUUUAAUUUUACAUACGCAGGAGACACAUCUGAAAAGAUUAUUGUGGGAACUCAUCUUUACCGUCAUUUGCUUGAAGUCGAAAUCAGUUUAUUCCACCUUGAAAGAAUUCGAGCAAUUGUUGACAAUGGAAACUUUUUGGGUCUGUAUCAUCUUAAUUUUGGCCCUGUCUUCAGGUGGCUGUCAAGAUCAAAUACUGGAUAUCGCAAUUCUGGCUGACGUAUCACGAAGUAUGAACUCCAGGCAACGCAGUGAUAAGAUAAAACUCAUCGAUGAGCUGGUGGAAAAGAAAGGUGUUUCCCCGUCAGGAAAUCAUUUUGCUGUAAUAACCUUUGCAAAGGAAGACAUUAUCGAAAGCAAUUUCAACGAUGAGUCAUACCACGAAGAAGACAAAUUAAAGCACUUUGUUCAGAAGACAGUCAGCGUGAGACCUAAGGCCUGGGGAACACGAACAGACCUAAUUGUCAAGUUUUCAAUCAUCAAUAUGCCGAAAAUCGAUGGCGGAUACACUGAGUGGUCUGAAUCUACAUGUAGCGUGUCGUGCGGCGGAGGAGAAAAGUCACUGACAAGAACAUGCACCAAUCCGCCGCCAUCCAACGGUGGAAAGGACUGCAGUGAACUGGGAUCAGCUGAAAAGACCGUUUCGUGCAACGAAGCAGAAUGCCCUGAGUAUUUCAUUGUCACUCUGCGUCUUCUAUGGUUAAAGUGGUGUGAUUAA